AUGAUUCGAUCCGCAUCUACCCAAGUAUCUAGGGCGGAACACACUAAUAGAGCCCUUGAUCCAGAAGACUCGGUUGACGGUAACCAGCAACAAUCAUCGCGUGAUGGCUCCCCAUUCACUGUUUAUCCAAGCUCGUCGAGUGGUCAGAGACAGGAGGAGAAUCGCCGGGCAACCAUCAACGUGGACAACAUAGCGAGUCAACUUGACGCGCCCGGCGACAAUCUUCAGAGUCAACUGUACGGUCACCGCACCCCUGGGAGUGGCUACAACCUUCGCCCUUCGCCAGUCAAGAGACAAUACGGCGGAGAAGGAUUGGUGAUCCGCAAAGACACAAGUUCUUUGCCACCCGGGAAGCGGCGCAAACCUGAAGGUUGUGCUUCUCCCAGGCAGCAUAGUGUGCACCAGAAGACUGGACUGUCACAAGAUCAGAUAGAUGUUUUGACGAAACAGAACAAAAGCAUCAGAGACGGCAGCCCGUUUACUAGAAGACCUACGCAGCCUACCAACACAAGUUUCGAGGGAUUGCCGAUUGAAAAUGCCAUCCUCAAGUGCGUCCGCGAGGAUGGCUUAGCAACUUUCCAGCUACAACUUACUUGGACCGCAUCGAGCAGGACGGGUAAUGCCCAAUACCAACCAAGGGCGAAACGCGGCUUACCUUUCAGCACACUUCGAGAGCACUCGCUCAAAGCCGGAAAAGGCUCAUUCAAACACCACGCAGAAACCGACGCUAGCGUUUGCCAAAUGGAUUCCUUGCUUGUCCGGUGGAUAAGUAUCGAGAUGUACUUCAAAGUACUUUGGUCGGUAAUGUACAGUCCGUAA